CCAUCGGAAUGUCUAUUUAAUCAUCACUCAAAAAGGAAUAACAAACCCCAAACCCCCCCUCUCUCUCUCUCUUUAUCUCUCCAUGGAACAACAAUCGCCGCCGUCGUCCAAGUGGGAAGGAGAAGUCUCCGCCGAGACAACCGCCGUAGGUCCCCACCAAAUCUGGCCGCUACUGGCCGACGACUUCUGCAGCCUCCACAAAUGGCUCCCCAUCGUCGACACCUGUCACUACGUCGAAGGCGUACCGGGGCAGCCGGGCUUGAUCCGCUACUGCGCCUCCACCGACAACACGUCGUCGCCUGAGCCGUCGAUCAAGUGGGCCAAAGAGAGGCUGAUUCUGAUUGAUCCGGUCGCACAUACUCUCACCUACGAGAUCAUCGAUAACAACAUGGGAUUCAAAUCCUACGUCGCCACCAUGAAGUUAGUACUCCAGGGAAGCGAGGGAUGCAAGUUCGUCUGGUCAUUCGUGAUGGAUCCGAUCGAAGGGUGGCCGCAGGAGGAGUUUGAGAAGUAUCUUGACUCUUCUCUCCACCGAAUGGUGAAUAAAAUGGCUGAUUUUUUGCACAAAAGUAGUCCAUAGACUUUUUUCGAUUUCAUCUAAUUGGAAUUGAAAUUAAGCCAUGAUCUGUGUAGCAAAUAAUUAAUUUGGCCAUCAAACUUCAUCAAUUCCUUAUAUCAAACUAUUUGGGAGCUGAUAAUAAGUUUCAUUUUCAUUUUUUCCUUUUACUUACAACAAAUGUUUGUAGAGAAAGGGAAAUCUGAAAUCAAUGUUAUUCAAGUUACGUUGACUAUGAAUUUAACUUAGAAAUUCUCGUGUGUGU